UAAUUGAUAACGGAGUGAGCGGACUAGUAUGGUCCAUCGGCGAAGAAUCUGCCGAUGCCAGUGAGUACGGCAGCCGUCUCCGAUUUUCAAGAUCCCGUGUAUCACGAAAAGCCAAUGCUCUUAUAAAUACUUGAUCACAGCUUCAAGUUCUUUGUGAAACAUCUCCGGAUUGCCCCUCUGCCAAGUCUAUGCAUAUCCAAUUCAUCAAUCAUGGCCACCAGCAAGCUCUUCCAGCCCCUGAAGGUGGGACGCCUUCAAGUAGAUCAUCGAAUUGCCAUGGCGCCGCUCACGCGCUUCCGCUGCGACGAGCAAGGCGCGCCGCUUCCGAUCAUGACCGAGUACUAUACCCAGCGGUGCAGCACGCCUGGCACGUUGAUCAUUGCCGAGGCUGUCAGCAUCUCGGAGAAGCACUACGCUGGGAAGCACGCACCUGGUAUCUGGACAAGGGCGCAGAUCGAUGCGUGGCGCGACGUGGUUGACGCCAUCCACGCAAAGGGAUGCUACGUGUACUGCCAGAUCUUCGCGCCAGGGCGGGCGAAUGCCGGCCGGGGGAUCACCAGCUACAGCUCGAGUGCCGUCCCACUGGACGGCGCAGAGGCACCCCAAGAGAUGACGGAAGCUGACAUUGAGGAGGUGAUCCGGGAUUUCCAGAAUGCAGCCAAGAACGCCAUUGAGGCUGGCUUUGACGGUGUUGAGCUCCAUGGGGCCAACGGGUACUUGAUCGACCAAUUCGUGCAGGACACCUGCAACAAGCGGACAGACGCCUGGGGCGGGUCAUACGAGAAUCGCUCCCGGUUCGGCUUCGAAGCCGUCAAGGCAGUAGUCGACGCCGUCGGGGGCGACAGGACAGCCAUCCGCCUCAGCCCCUGGAGUCUCUUCCAAGGCAUGAAGAUGGAGGUCAGUGCCGCAGAGGCACAGUUCUCCGAUCUUAUCCGCAGACUCAAGACCCUCAAGCUGGCAUACCUUCACCUCAUCGAGUCGCGCGUCGUCAACCACAUGGACUGCGACAAGGUGGAGGGACUGGAGUUUGCCUUUGACAUCUGGCAGAACCAGUCGCCCAUCCUGAUCGCUGGUGGCUUGAACAAGGAGAAGGCCUUCAAAGCUGUGGACAAAGAGUACAAAGAUUUUGACGUUGUCGUGGUAUUCGGUCGGUACUUCUUGUCGACCCCUGACCUGGUGUACCGGUUGAAGAGGGGCCUGGAGCCCAACCCGUACGACAGGCAGACAUUCUACACCCCGGUGCAGAAGGAAGGGUAUAUCGACUACCCAUUCAGUCAGGAAUUCUUGCAGGAGGGGAGCAACAAGUUACAAGCAGUCUAGCACAGCGAAUUCAUGAAUCUUCACUUAUCAAUUCUUGUGUAGAAAGUGGUGAGACCACAUAUCGCCGCAC